UCCAGCGCUCUCACUCCCUUUUUGAACGUCAACUUGCGAAUUCUGUUUGCGUCGCACUGCUGGAUUAUUAUUUUUCCAUAUUAAAUUAUUAAAAAUUCGUCUAUUAAUCGAGAAUGUCGCAUAUGGUUAAAAUGGAAAACGGCCAAAGUCAAACCAUACAAGAAAUGUUAGGAUGCAUUGAACGGUACAACCCGGAUCAUCUUAAAACUCUGGAAGCUUAUGUCGAAGAUCAAGCUAAAAAUAAUACCUACGAUCUGGAAGCAAAUCUGGCAGUGCUCAAGCUUUACCAGUUCAACCCACAUAUGCUGAACUUCGAUAUCACAUACACAAUACUGCUGAAGUGUUUGACAAACCUGCCACAUACAGAUUUUGUUAUGGCCAAAUGUUUAUUGUUGCCACAACAGAUGAAGGAUGGCACCGUCCAGACCAUAAUCGAUUUGGCCGAUAUAUUGGAGCGCACAGAUUUCACAUUGUUUUGGCAGCGUGCUGAAGUAAACCGCUCGCUGUUUCGCCACAUUUCUGGUUUCCAUGAUUCCAUACGUAAAUUCGUAUGUCACGUUGUUGGAAUCACCUUCCAAACUAUCAGGAAAGAUUUGUUAAAGGAACUGCUCGGAGGAGUUGAGGAUUCCACACUUGAGCAGUGGAUAAAGAAGUAUGGCUGGAAACAUCAAGGAAACUUAAUUAUAAUUGCUGUUCAAGAUGAGAAAAUCAAGACGAAAAAUAUAACCGAAAAGAUUGAGUUCGAUAACUUGGGUGGAUUGAUGGCUCAAUGCUUGUAAUAACAUAAAUUUAAUUCUGUUUCCACAUAUGUAAUUAUACUUUAUGAGAACGAAAUAUAAAGUAAAAUUUAUAAGAACA